AUGGCCGCCCCAAACGUGUCAAUCAAUGGACCUGCGGCUCCCACCGCAGACAUGGAUAUUGACAUGGACCUUGACUUGGGACCUGAACCUGAGCCUGAACCCGAGCCAAUCCAGAUGGCACCAGCCCUCAACGUCGACAAUACCCUCGAUCAGCUCGACGAAGAGGCGGUCUAUGAGAAGGUGCAUGUUCGCGGUGUCGACGAACUGACCACGGAAAUUAUCAAACAAUUCGCUUGCAGCCACUUCGCAGAAGAGCCAGUGCGCGUUGAAUGGAUCGACGAUACCUCCGCCAAUCUAAUCUACUCCUCUGCUGAGGUCGGCCUCCAAGCUCUUGCGGCUCUCACUCAAGUCAAUGAAGAAGAAGAUGUAUCCUCUCUGCCUGCACUGCGCCUGCGAACUGCGAAACCCCUUUCCUCCCACCCCGAUUCCGUCCUCCAAGUCCGGUCGGCUGUCAAGACCGAUCGCAAACAAGCCCGCUCUUAUGAGAAGAGUCGUUUCUACCUGAUGCACCCCGAACAUGACCCCCGAGAACGCCUGCGACAAGAAUUUGCAGAUCGGCGACGCGGCGAUGACGACGAUGGGUAUAGGCGACGCCGAUUCGAUGACCGAGAGCACAGACGACGCCGAGACCGAGACGAGGGCGACCAAUUCAAUGUGGACAUGUACGAUGAUAAUGCAGGCUCUGGUCCCACGGAGCGGGGACGAGGAGCCCGGAGCGGUCGUGGUCAGAGGGACUUGUUCCCCGCAGACGAGGAACGGUCAAGUGGACGUCUCCGCAACCGCAGCGCGUCGCCCGGGCGGGACACACUGGAGGAAUCCAAGCAAGCCGACCGUGAACACCGUGAUAGCAGCAGACGAUUCCGCGAAAGGUCGCCGCGACUUGGCCAGAACAAGGGUCGGGAGCUCUUCCCUAGCGAUAGCAACGAGCCUGGUAAUCGAGAGCUGUUCCCCAACAAGCCUACCUCCAGCUACAUCAAGAAGGAGCUGUUCCCUAGCAAGCCCAGUAACCACCGUCGCUCGGAUGCAUUUGACGCUUCUUCUCUGUCCGGAAACUCUGAAAACCGCCGCAACAGCAAUAUCGAACUCUUCCCCGGCUCGGAUGAAGGCACUCGCAUUCGUGGAUCAGCCAGUGAAGACCAGGGCUUUGCAAUCCGGGGCUCAUCGGGUGGUCUUUCAAUCAAAGGCAGGGGUGCGUCGGCCCGUGAACUCUUCCCUUCCAAGUACAGCAACAAUGCUGGCAAGGAACUGUUCGACGAGACUCUGGAAGGACGUGGUGGCCGUCGACGCCGUGCCGAAGACAUGUUCAGCUGA